AUGGAGUUCUGCAUCUCACCAGCGCUGGAGCUUGUCUGCGGUGGCGUGUCUCUGGGCAAAGCUAGCUUGCCGUCCUUCGGGGUCCCGCAAACUCCGCAGCCGAACUUCCUGGGGGCGCUGAUUGGAGCGCAAACCACUACCCCGGCUCCGACCGCCGAGCGAACCCUCCAGCCUCCUCAGGUGACGCUGACCCCUCCCACCGCGACCAUUCAGUUCAAGGUGGCCGAGACUCCACCUACCUCGUCCAACAUGUUCUUGCAGCCUGCCAUGGGUUCGGAGGUUGGCAUGAUGUCUCAGACGACUUUUAUUUGGACACUUGCUGACACGCCUCCGAACGAGGUGAAGUCGUUCGACCUGGUUCCUCUACUGAUGGUCGAGGAGUCAUCUCAGCUGCUGCAGGGCCAGGAUCUCCAUACCUUGCGAAAAGUGGCUGACAAGUAUUUGCUUCCGGUAGCUUCUGCGAAGGAGACGAUCACGGUCAAGUGUGAGCAGAGAUCGGUUGGCAGCAUUGCAGCCGAAACAUUGCCAUGCACCUUUGCUGCGGCCCUUGGCUUCAACACACCGACGUUCAGCACCGGAGAGAUGGUGGUACUGCUGGUUCAAUGGUCAGACGGUGGUCUCACGCACAAGAUCUUUUCACCUGCAGUCCAGAUUGGCACUGCCCGAAGGCGCCUGCAAGCCGGAUCAGGACCUCCUGCGGCACUGCCGCAGCAGGCAGCGGCAGCGGUGGCAAAUACUACCAACGCGGACGGCACACAGCCGGCGCUGGAUUGUUCACACGAGGAUCUAAAGUUCAACUUUGGGCAGGGCAUGGAGUUCAGGGUGGAGGUCAUGAGCAUGGGCGUCCCAAAGGAUUUCCCCGAAAUGUACACCAACCCCAACGCUGGCCCACUGUACGCAAGUCCUUGGGCUGCGAUGGAGGGCACAGCACCUGCCAUGGCAGCGGAGGACUUUUUGCCAGAUGGAGCCUGCGACAUGGGCUUCUGCGACACUCAGCUGCCUGGCUGUGGUCAGAACGGCUUCAAGAAGCUGCACUUUCCGAAGCUAGUUUUCAACUUCAGCAGGGCCUUCCAUUUUUCCGCGAACGAGACGUCGGCGAAGCAGCACAACAUGAUGAAGGAGGCUAUGGCGUGGGCUUUUUCGGCGAUGCCAGAGGCUGUCACCGUCAUGCUCCAAGAGCUGGAAGCACAAGAGAAG